CCCCCUCCCCAAACAGGGAGAAGUCAUUACAUGAAGGAUCGGCUUACCAGUUGUCUCCAGAGCGGAGUGACGGAGUGCAGAAGCUCCCGGUAGUCAGCACAGUGAGCAAGGCAGACGAGGGAGGCAUGCGUUGAGCUGCAGCGCACGGGAGUGGGAUCGUUCGGAGACACCGGGGCAUCUGUUAGCCGUUAGCGCUUGGCAAAGGGAUUCUACCUCUACGGCAGUUGUUGAGUUGGGCAAUCAUGUUUGCCAGCUACCUGUUACUGAUGUUGCUCUACUUUCAAGCCGCAACAUUAGGAAAAGCUCAGGAAGAGAGCAUUGGCUGUGAUGACUAUCUUGGCUCCGACAAGGUGGUGGACAAAUGCGGGAUCUGCGGAGGGGACAACACCGCUUGCAAAGUUGUCUCGGGAGUCUUCAAGCACACCUUGACCAACCUCGGGUACCACAAAAUAGUUGAGAUACCAGAGGGGGCAACUAAAAUUAACAUCACGGAGAUGGCAAAGAGCAACAACUACUUAGCUUUGCGGAGUCGAUCAGGUCGGUCUAUUAUCAACGGGAACUGGGCAAUCGACCGACCUGGGAGAUAUGAAGGUGGAGGAACCUUGUUCACCUACAAACGCCCCAACGAAAUCUCAAGCACCGCUGGAGAAUCCUUUUUAGCCGAUGGGCCAACCAACGAAAUCUUGGAUGUCUAUAUGAUUCAUCAGCAGCCCAACCCGGGCAUCCAUUACGAGUAUAUCAUCCCAGGACCCAACGUCAUUAGCCCUCAGGUCCCACUGCACAGACGGCCAGGAGAGCCGUUCAACGGCCAGUUGGAUGUGACGGAGAGGGUGAGUUAUGAGGAGGAGUCGCAACACGGGGAGACAGGCGCUCCCGUUGGGCAGCCCAUGGGAGUCUUCCCAGUGAUCCAGCCCGGAAGAUUUCCCUCCCAUCAGCCAGACAACCAGGUGCCUGUCGGCCAGCCUCCGAGACGCAGCCGAGAGCACAAUUGGAAGCGGAUUGGUACAACGGAGUGCACCGUCACGUGCGGGAAAGGAGUGCAGUAUCCGAUCUUCCGGUGUGUGAACAGGAAUUCCCAUGAGGAGGUCUCCGAGAGUUACUGUGAUGCCGGUACCAGGCCCACCCCGGAGGACGAGCCUUGCAACAUCUUUCCUUGCCCAGCCUUUUGGGAUAUCGGGGAGUGGUCCGAAUGCAGCAAAACCUGCGGCCUCGGAAUGCAGCACCGCCAAGUCUUGUGCCGCCAGAUCUACGCCAACCGCACCCUCACGAUCCAACCCCACCGCUGCCACCGCCUGGAGAAACCGGAGACCACAAGUACGUGCCAGCUGAAGAUCUGCAGCGAAUGGCAAAUUCGGACAGAAUGGACAUCGUGCUCUGUGCCGUGUGGAGUUGGUCAGAGGACUCGCGACGUAAAGUGCGUCAGCAACCUUGGAGACGUUGUCGAUGACGAGGAGUGCAACAUGAAGCUCCGGCCGAACGACAUAGAGAACUGCGACAUGGGCCCCUGUGCCAAAAGCUGGUUUCUCACGGAAUGGAGUGAGCGGUGCUCGGCAGAAUGCGGUGCUGGCGUCCGCACGCGGUCCGUUAUCUGUAUGACCAACCACAUCAGCAGUUUGCCACUGGAGGGCUGCGGACACAACAGACCACCGGAGACAACCCCCUGCAACAACGGGCCGUGCCUGGGGAAAGUCGAGUGGUUUGCUGGAAGCUGGACCCAGUGUUCAAUUGAAUGUGGCAGUGGAACCCAGCAGAGAGAAGUGCUUUGUAUUAGAAAGACUGAAAACAGCUUUGAUAUACUGAAUCCCUACGAGUGUUCAUUUUUGGAAAGACCCCCCAGCCAGCAAGCUUGCUACCUCAGGCCUUGUGGUGCGAAGUGGUUUAGUACUGAAUGGAGCACAUGCUCCAAAUCCUGCGAAACUGGCUUCCGGAUCCGAGAGGUGCGGUGCCUUUCUGAUGACAUGACUCCCAGUAGCAAAUGUGAUCCGCAACUUAAGCCGGACGAGAAGGAGCAGUGUAACACUCAGGACUGCGUACCUGAAAUAGAUGAAAACUGCAAGGACAAAUAUUACAACUGCAACGUUGUGGUUCAGGCCCGGCUCUGUGUCUACACCUAUUAUAAGAGAGCUUGCUGUGUGUCUUGCAUGAAAGCGGCUAACAGGAUGUCAAGCUUCCUGGGACGCAGAUAACAGCAGCUCGAUGGCUGGAUUCAGACCUCUCCUCCGUCACCUUUGGCUGCUUGGACUCUGACAGAUUUCGCCAUCUGAAAGAGAGGCUUUCCGUAUCGGUGAGCACCUCGGGGCGUGACGGAUGCACACCUGCGUGUUUCUCAUUCACACACUGAAUAGGAACUUGGCAGCUUUUGGACACACACGCUGUAAAACCCGGGCUUUGGGAGCAGAAUCUGGCAAAACCCACUCAAAUCCCGUGCAAACGCGAGGAACUGCCAAUGACCCAUCAAAAUGUAAAGGUCUCAUUUGGGGCUAACAAAGUACCCUUGAAGGGCGAGCUUCCUUCCUCCCAUCUUUCUACAGCACCCACCACAGCAGGCUGAAAGCACUGCUUGGACUUUGGGUUCCUCCCUGGGAGCCACUAAGAUGGGAUAGACAAUCUCCACCUUCGAAGACCGGGCUCCUCUUGGUGGCUCUGUUGCUCCCCCCACACAGGAUCUGGCCUGUGGCUGUUCCCACUGCUUUUGGCAUCUGCCUUUCCACCGAGGGGGCCCUUUGCUUCUCUCCUGCACACCUGUUUCUCUUACCUUGAGCAAUAAUCCAUCUAGUUGCUAGGACAGUGUGCAUGGAAGGAUGCAGAUUAAAUCUUUGGGGCUGGGGGAUGGCAGAGCUUAGGUGGGCUAGAAGGUCCCAUGUUUGGAGCCCUCAACCCAUCUGUAUCCUGGAAGUAUGAGCUACGCGAGCCAAGGGGGGACUGAAACAAGUUUGCGUCUGCUCCUUCACUAAAAUGCAAAGGGCAGCUAGAUGGGCCCUCAGUGGCAUUCCUCUUCUGUGCCUGUAUCGCCCUCCACGGCUCUGCAGCUUGCAGUGAGCCCUAAAAGCUCUCUGGGGGCCACAGGUUUGCUCUCGUAGUUUGUGAGUUUAAAGGCUAUAAGGUCAUGCAGACAGGUGGGGAGUCUUACCUGCCUGAGCACUGCAUGCAUUUCUUCCAACCCCUCCCAGACCAGUCCUAAGGAAGACGUUUGUGAAAUCUGAAAGCCAGCUCCAUUUUCCUUUUUCUCUUGUCUUUUCUGGAUAUCUUGAUUUUUCCUCAAUGCCGAGAAAGGUUCUCCUGCACCGGCUGAGAUCUGCUUUCCCAUGUGCCCACUCCCCUCCUCCCAUUUCUUUGCAUCAGAGAACCCCUAGCAGUGAUGUGCUGAACGCAGUGGUCGCGAUGGACAACAUUACGAGCUGAGUGCCCGAUGGCAGCGGUUUAGACUGGCCCCCACAACAAGCCUGUCAUUUGAUCCUGGGUCCGAUGGCUUCCCCAUCCCCUGCAGGCUGAGGCUGCACCAAUGACUGGGGGAUGCUGGGAGUUGUGGGACCUUCUGUCCAAACACACAUAGGAUUUUGUCCUUCACCCAGUAUUGCCCUCGGGUUGGCAGCACUCUAGAGCCCUACAUUUCCUGCUCCUGGACCUUUCAGGUGGAGAUGACCAGGACUGGACAGCAGUCAGAGGACCGUGACAUGGUGAGGUAGUUCGAGUCCCCUGAUUUAGUGAUCCAGUGAGGGAUGAAGGAUGUCUGAUAAGGGAUUAGCUGGGGUUUCAGCUCUUCGUGGAAGCCUGGACCCCUGCCCCAAAGUCCAGCCCUAGAGGCACCAUAAUCAUGAUUUGGUACAAAACUCUAAUGAGCUUGAUAUGUAGCCCACCCCUCCCCUUUUAAAGGCAACGUUCUGGACUUCAAAGAGAGUCUGUGCAUGGCAAGGAGGGAGCGAGCUUCCGGCACGGUGUGCUCAAAAUUGUACUGCAGAACCCCAGUGAAUAUGAAAGCUUAAUCCACCCAUCUCUAGCGAGUUCCCAGCUUUCUUGUUCCUCCUGCCCUGGGCACAUUAAAAGACAACAUUAUCAGGGCUUUCCAGCAGAGAAAUGUUUUCUAAUAGGGAGUGCCUGCCCCAGACACCCAAGUCCCAAACACUGUUAUUUUUUUCAUUUAUCUCAGUUGAUCUGUAGAGAACAACCAAACAAUUUAAAGGUCCCCCCCGCCUUUCUGAUUGACUGUUCUUCCUUCUUCAGGUCUAAGUAGUCCCACUUUAAUGGCCUAGAUCUUUCAUCCUUAACACUAGUGCAUGAAAUACCCACUGUCGUUUUCCAUCUGUGCUGAGAGCGCUUUGCCAUUCGGUAAAGUUCACUCCCUGCUAUUAGAGAAGUUGGAAAAUAGCAGGUUAGAUUCAUGCUGUCCCUGUGCAUACAUGGCCAAGUUGUUCUAAAUGAGCAAUUGCUUCUGACUUUUGCUAACGUGUGAAUGAACCAGUCUGUGGUGCACCAUGUCCGUUUCACAUGCAUUCAUUCCUUAGUCUGUUCCGUCCAAUGCAGAUGCAGCAUACAUUUAAAAAAUGCACCAAAACUGGAUCGAUUUUUCUAGACCUCUUCCCACGCUACAUCCACUGUAUAUGCAGCUUCCCCAAGUAGGUGUAUUUUGUAUGCAACCAUUGCAUGCAUAUUUCUGCAUGCAAUCAUGGAGUCGAAAACAAUGCUGCAAAAUUUGGAGAAGUGUUCAAUCUAAAGGUUAAGUAUGUUCUGAUCCAGGUAUUAUUUGAAGAAGUGGGAAUCAAAGUAAUUUGACUUACAAAUGUGGACCAAGUGACAUUCUCCCCAUCUGUACUUUUGACAGAGAUACCCAAAGCAGAAAAUUGGUUGAUGGUAGUGGGAUCACUGGGCAAGCUAUUUCCUGAUCCACCAAUAAGACCCUCAGGGGGUAAUAAUGCUCAGCUCAGACAGAAGGCUAGUAUAAUGCCUGAUUUAUCCAGCUCUGAUUUUGUCUGAAGAAAAGAAUUCCACUGCCUCCGCUCUGCCUCUCAUGCACUUAGUUCUAAAAUUUAAUGAGCACAUUAAAACAAAACCUUACAAAAUGCAAUAGGACCGACUGCCAGAAUCCUGAAAUUAACCUAAUCAAUCCAAAACAAGGAAGGAUAUACUUUGUUAUAACUUAUUUUUUAUAUUUGUAAAUACAAGAUGUUUAUAGGAAAAUACGUAUUCGAAGCUAUGUCUAUAUGGAAUAAGCCACUGCAUCAAAAUAGUUCUAUUAUUUAGAAUAUGAGAUUUUGUUGUGAGUUCGGGGUUUUUGUUUUUUUUUUUAACAAAAAGGGACUAAAUGCAUAUUUAUUUAUAUAUCCCAUCUGCAUUUCUUUCCAGUUAUUUUGGCAGUACUAACCAGCCUUUGGCCUGGAAUUUUAUACCACGUUGACAUAUAUAAAUAUCAUACUGUAAAUCCAUAGUUAAUGGUUUCUUUAUUUCAUGGUAAAUAACCUACUCCUACACAUGUUUUUUUUAACAGUGCAAAACAAAAACAGAAGAGGGAGAUGGUAUACGUGAAUAGCAAUUAUAGGCUAGUUCUGGGAUCUAUAUGCCCCAUAAUGCACCUCAACUAGAUCUAUGCAGCAUUCUCUUCAUACGUGUAUACAUAUUCUCUGAAGGGGGGAAAG